AAACAAUAAAAAACACAGUAACAAAGGACAACAAAACCGACACUCUGAGGGCAGAAUAACCCAUCAUUUAUUCGGAAUUGAAGAGAAGUAGCCGGAUUCCAAUACACAGAACAAGGCACUGUUGUUGAUCUUUAACUGUCCUUGCUCAGAAACCGAGAAGAAGCGUAUCUUUAGAGUCAUUUAUUGGGGUGAUUACCAUUCAUCGUAGGCAAAGGGGAGGAGAACAGACAUAAUGAAAAUAUUCACACCGAAACACCAGAGGUUCAUCCUCCAGUGCUAUCCAUCUGGAAGAGGAGCAGAUAAGAAGCCGAACUCGUCUGAGCUCAGCUAUUUGUUGUACUAUGCAUCGACGCGCCGUGUCAAACUUGAGAAGGUUGGCAAGUUCCUUGAGAAGAAGAACAGCAGUGAUGUGUAUAGAAGCAGAACCGGUAACGUCCAGGUGACCUUGGAGAUUAUCGACGCCUUGAUUAAGAAGUGUCCUGAUGAUGUUAACGUGUUCGCGGAGAAUGUCAAUGCGAUACUCUUGUCGGUGUUGGGAACAAAGGAUCUUGGUCUCUGUCAGCACGCUUUGCCUGUCUAUUCAACGCUCUGCAAAACCCUUGAUUCCGAGCUGUUCACAGGGGACUUUGACUUCAUUGACACUUUUAGUACAGUCACUCGCAGCUUCUUUGACCUUGGAUCCACACAACAGGCUUCCAAUCAAGCUGAUUGGCAGGCCAUUUCGCUCAGGGCAAUUGAAAGUUUUGCGUCUUCAAAGAUCAUAAUUACCGGCCAAGGGAGCUCGAUGGUUGACCAUUCUAUUCCUUUGGUGUUGAAAGAGAUCAAGCAGGACUUCAACUCGGAUCAAAUAUUGAAAAGAACCCAGUCUCAUGCGUCGUCACAGCAUGAACUGUCAAGAUUUGUCACGACACGCAAAGCUGAAGAACCGGAAAUCGCAUCUGACGUAAAGAUUGAUGAGUUAGCAGUUAGAGCGUUGAAGUCGUUCUUUAAUACCACUUCCGCAAAUCAGAUUACAUCCUCAACCAGAGCCGUGGCUGAAUAUUUAGUUAGUUGUGACGUUGAUCAAAAAUGGAGAGUUGCUAUCAUUGAGAUGGUUACGAAUUGGAUCCCUGUUCAGUUGAGAUUUCUUGUUCUGAGUAUUUUAUUGAGACUGCUGCAUAAGGAGAACAGCUCAACCAAACAAACAAUAUAUCUAGACUUGACAGCUGGGCUCUUAUCAUCCUCUGUGAACUUGGUGGGUCUAUCUGUCAUUGACCACGUGCACCAACUUGUGGAACUUCAGUUAAAAGCAUCCCUCUCAGAGGCAUCAACGGAGUUGAUCGAUGCUUAUAAUAAGCCGAUUUCAUCAUUGGCAACACACAUCUACUAUCAAGACCAAAUUAUUGAUAUGGUUGCGGAGUUGACAGUAACCUUGAAGGAUUACGUGAAGAAGGGACGCAACAAAGAGAUCAUAGUAUUGCUUGAUGAUAUCAAAGGUGUAAUGACCGUGGCCAAUGAAAACACUGCUGUGCAACGAACCACUGUUCCACUUGAAUUAUUCUUUGAUACAUUUGAGUUGAUAUCUUUUAACAAUGUCAAGGCUACAAGUGCAGAUAAUUUCCGUAUACAAAUGAAGUAUACUGGUAUAUUGAUUAUCGUUUUAAGAUCGGAGUAUUCACCGGAUAACGGGGUUUUAAAACCAGACUACGAUAAUUUAAUUACCAACGGCAAGACAAGUGUUGUGAAUCAGUUUUACGAGGCCAUUGAGCACUAUUCUACCCUUGACAAUACCAUCAACUUUGCUGCCUCUAUCAAGCUGCUUGAACUUUUUGCAAGAAGGUUUGGAAUAAAUGCAUUGGUCAACGCAGUUCCAUUUGUAUUGCAAUGGUUGCUGGAGAAUGAACAAAGUGAAGAGGUUGAAGAAAUCAUGAAAGACAAUUUAGCAUUGACGCUCUUGUGGAAAUGUUCUCAAGAAUUGAAGUACAUCGAUUUAGAGGAACUCGUAUUGUCCCGUAUUGACUACCGUAAGGGCAAGCAACUUUGGAGGAUAUCUAAUAAGUAUCCAUUUGAAGAAGGUAAAUUAACACCAAUUUUUGAAUUGAGUGCAGAUGAUCUUAAAUCUGUUCUUUCUCAACAUUCAGAGCUCAAGAACUACAUUGAUAUUAUGUUUAGGGGUCAUUAUCGUUAUGGAUCCCACAAUGGUGACUGUGGUCAUGAUGAAGAACAUGAUGAAACAUGUGAAAAUGGCCAUUAUGAAGGUAACGAUACCACACAGGACCUUUCCUUUGCUUCCCCAAACGGAUCCACAAAUGUUUCACUUGCGAUGUUGGUACAACCACAACAAUUGAUUCAUAACGGUGAUUGUGGAUCGAUUCGUUCUGCACCUCUUUCUGCUAGAUCACUAAUGAUGGGUAAGCUUAACGUCCCAAGGGUUGAUCAAUUACGCCACGUUGUUAGUGGUGGAGCUCUGGGGAGGGUUAAUUCUUAUGGCAACGUCAAUGGUGGAACUUCACUGAAAACUAAUGAUGUAUCAACGAUAUUGAAUGACUUAUCAUUUGAUGCCGGACUAGACGAUAGAGGAACAUUAAGUGUUCGCAGGUAAGAAUAAGAAGCUCGUGUGUGCUAUUCCACCCAGACAUCAUUCACGUUAAACAAUGAUAUUCAGCACACUACAUGUACUAUACAAAAGCCAGAUAAAAAAAGAUGAUUCGUUCUUUUAUUACGUUUUAUUUUUGCAGUGUUUUUAUUGGUGGAAAUCAAAUACCUGUCCUUUUGUGAUGUAUGUAAAGAACAAAGAAAACAAGAAGAAAGAGAGAACAAUGUGAUUAACGUUGAUUGUGUAGGGGAAAACAUGUUUGGCUUGUACAUCUUCCUUUGUAUUGUAUAAAGAAACGAGAGAGAGAGAAAAGAUUUCAACAUGGCUUGAGAUGAAAGGAGACACCAUCAAGUUUAUAUGAAACAGCCUUCUAGAAGUUUGUUUCCAAUCACCCGAAACCCCACA